AUGGAAGCGGGAACUCUUCUCCGUGGUGCCAUUUAUUGGAGCUUCAGUUCCCAUUCCCAGCGUCACCUUCUCCAGCGGGCUCGUCUCCGUAGAGAUGUUCUGGCUUCUUCCUCCAAUCCACAGGUAAUUCAGCUUCGAGCGAAGUCCCGAUUGUUAAGCUUGCUUUUGGAAUUUACGCCCUCUGAUUUCUUCUUCUCUAUAUUGCCGACGCAGUUGCAGAAAAGCUAUCAGGGGCCGAAGCCGAAGCGAGAUUUGGUUCCUGAUUGGGUCUCCAACAACGACAGCACUGCUAGAAGCUUGCCCAUAUACGUUGGAGGUGCUUCUCUCGUCGCCGUCCUCGUUAAUCGCGCCGUUUCCGGUAUAGCCCCAGUUGCAGAUGCCAGUAGUUCGCAGUCAAGAGCCGAUCUACUGGCACUUGGGUUGGCUGUGACCAGUAUACUAACUGGCCUGGUAUGGCUGACAAUCAAGCCAAAGUCUAUCUCUGUGGUGAAUCCGCUAGGUGUGGAAUGUCGGAUGAUAUCUUCCCACUUACCUGACCCUUUAAUUGCAGAGUUGUUAUGGGCAUGGGAGUCUCUAUCGUCGGUUACAUGCUGCAGGUGUCUAGUGGUUGUGUAUGAUGGUACUUGUAUAUUGCAAAUUGGAGUUGCAGCUGAGUCUCCUGAUGGCGAAGCACUGGCUGUGGAUGCUGCCAGGUUGACUGAAGGUUCAGUUUAUCAAGGUGUUAUGAAGUCUGGUAGUCAGAGUUAUUUGGCAAACCUAUCUCUGUAUCCUGGGAGGUCAGAGCUGCCAUUUUUACCUUCCAACACACAGGCAGUGAUUUUGCAGCCUCUUGGAGACAAAGGAAUUGUAAUUAUUGGAGGUGACAUGAUUAGGGGUUUCACAACUGCUGAUCAGGCGUGGAUUACUUAUCUAGGAGAAAAACUAGAUACAACAAUUGCAAAACAUACUAUUAGUGGAACCCCCUUGAAGAUCCAGGACAGAGUUUGAGAUCAACUGGUGUACUUAUUUUCCCUCCCACAUCAUUUAUAUGGCCCACAUUGGGCUCAAGGCCCUGGCAUUUUUUGCAGCUUCGGUUUUAUUUCGUGCUUCGCCAGCGAUGCAAUACGCAAGCAAACCCUUUCUGUCUGUCCAUAUGCCACACUUCCCAUCUUCAACUGGUGCUGCCUGUUGCUGUGGAUUAUCUGUACGCACCUUAAUGCUUUUAUUAUAUAUAUGGCCGUGUCGAUCCUAUUUGUACAUACAUAAAUACAUUCUUAGCCUCUAUAUACUUGUUCUGUUGUCCGUUGUUCUUGACUUGGCUCUUUCUUGCAUGAUGCAAAUGGCGCGUUCCCAAAACCCAACCCUGACAUUACUUAAAUGCACAGUUCUAUAUUGAUUGUUUGCUGUUGUUGAAACAGUGUGUCGACCUUGUCCAAAUUGCAACGGUCGAAAUUUUCAAAAGGCUCAUCCAUCCCCACAUUCAAUCCUUAACUUUCUCAUUUGUCUGAAUAGGGGUAAACGAAAGAAGGAACGAAAGAAUCAUUUCAUUUCAAUAUGUUGAAACCAACCCUUUACAUCAUCUGUAUAAUAACUGUGUGAAAAUUCGCAUGUCAGUAGAGGAACAAGCACAGAGAGAUUCGCCCCCCAAAAACAGGGCGGAAAGGAAGAAAAUAAUUGAAACAAUUUAGCAAAAGAAUCGGUUGCUGGUAUAUGUGAACAAUUCUCUCUGUGUGUGUUUGUUUUACAAGACACCCCAAAACCUGUGGUGAACUUCCGAUCAUCGACGACGAGCAGAAGAGCUCGAGCUCCUCUCCCAGGGCAGCAACCCAGUGGCCACAUCAGCGAAAGAACCCAGCACAAAGUCCUUGAGACCGGUGUCCCAAACCUCACAGAACCUCAGCCGCCAAUCCGGCGGCUCGACGGCCUCCGUCCCCAGCCCGGGCGCCCUGUCCUUGGACCCUUUGUUGUGAUCGUCCUGCCAAUUCGUCACAUAGGUCGAAACCCUCCUGAAAAACUUGGCCUUGAAAGUGUCCCAAACCUGGUACUUGUAGUGGUUGAUCACCGCCGUCCCCUCCGCCACGUUCGUCGACUUGUACCCUUCCCUCAGCUUGAAGUGAUGCACAAUGUUCAGCAGCGUCAUGUCGAGAAGGUCCGGUCGGACAAAGGACUUGUGCCUUUCAGGAGCCUGCAGCCUGCAAGUGUAACCUACCGUCACACCUUGCUUCGGCGGUUCUGUCAGCCCCGAUGGCCCGAAGCUGUGGCACAUUGUCCUCACCUCCGCGAUCGUGGGCGAAUCGGUGUAGUUCGAGACCAUGGCGCGGAGCGAGUUCUGUCCCGGCAAGGGGGUUUGGCCACUGUAGCGAGGGAAGUAGAAGAACUCGUCGACGUCGAAGAACCCAACCCACUUGCACUCGUACUUUGCUCUCAGAGCACAAUGCGAGAACCCUGCCUCCUGCGCUUUGAUCCACGGCCAGACGUGCCUGGAGACAUUGUGAUUCCGCGUGUUGAGCUCGUCGGCGACGUCUUGUAGCCCGUCGUCGCUGUUGUUGUCGUAGAUGAACCACCGCUCCACUCCCAGCCACGAGUGGUACAUCACCCAUUCCUUCAAAACCGACGCCUGGUUCCACAGCAUCGUGCAGGCGCAGAGCUCGUACUUCCCUUCCCCUUCCCCUCUCAUCCCGUGGGAUUUCGGGUUGUACACUUUCGCCACCGAUGGCAGAGCUUGCGAGGCGGAGGAGUCUUCGACGCGGCUGACGGUGACGCGGAUUCCUUCGGCCAGCGCGGUGUUGUUUUUCCGGAUGCUUCUGGGCAGCAAGCAGCGGACCACUUCCUGAGCCGCGGCGGUGGCUUCGGUGGUGAAGACGAAGCUCUCCUCUCUGCUCAAAUUGUUGCUCAGCGAGAAAUGGCACCUGAAUUCGGCCGGAUCGACUUCCCUCCGCGGCUUCAGAUUCAGCCCUUUCGCCAACACCACCACAGUGUUCCAAUCGAGAAUCGCCUCGUAGACCACUUUUCCCCAUUCGGGGACGGAAUCGGAAAUUUCCUCAUCCGCCGUCUGAUUCGCCGCCCUCCUCGAAGAAGCCAUCCAGUUCCCUUCCACAACCUCGCCGCCGGGGCGGCGCAAAUCCACGGCGGCGGAGUAGUUCACAGGCGGGAGCUCGCACCUCACAAUCGACUUGCUCUCCUGGUAAUCGUCCGCCGAAAUCGCCAGUUUCACGAGCAUCUCGUCGAGCAGGUCGGCGUCGCCGAGCUGGUGGUAGUAGACGCACUCCAAGCUCUCCCCUCGGCGGACGCGGUUGGAGAGAACGAGCAGGAGGUGGUCGGGGAGAAGAACCCGGCUCUCGAUGACCAGAGGAAGCGACUUGCCGCCGCCGCCGAAGUAGUCCUGGGUGAGGAGGACGGGGAGGACCCGGGUAAAACCCGAGGCCCGGAGGACCGGCCGGAAGGGAGACCGAUCUGAGCCAGAGAAGUAGAAGAGAGUGAAGAGGAACAGUAUUAUGCCGAGAGUGAGCGACCUGAACGAGAGGAUGAGCUUCAAGGCGCUGGUGGUUCCGCCGUGGUUGGCUCUCUUCCGCUUCCGCCGCUGGUCGGCAUCCAUGGCCGGCAAAAAAAAAAAGUCAGCAACAGAUCUGGAAUGGGUUUCCGAAGAGUUCGGGAGAGAUAGAUUCUGGGUUUCUUUGUCUGGAGAGAAUGGUGGAGCACGCAAGCAAAAGGGUGUAAUAAAGGGUGGUCAACAAUGGCUACCGUCCGUCAAGGUGGUGCGGGAUUGGCGAGUUGGGAGGGAGAAGAAUAAUUAAAGGAGAGAGGGUAGCUGUAGAGGACUAGAGGCUGGGGGAAGAAGACGAAGGAGGAAAGGAAAAGGAGACGCGAGAGUUAUGGCGCGUGGGGGUGACGUGGACAAUCCUCGUAGUCGUUGUUGUGUCGUAAGAGGAAUUGUUUUUUCCGUUUCUUUUUUGGGGCUGUGCUGUAAAUUUGUAAUAAUCAAGUGAAUACAUACAUCGCACUCGGCUUUGAUUAAUUGAGGGAAUUAAUUGUUUUUUUUUGUCAAUUAAUGGUGUUGACUUAAAUGAUUCGUGUGACAUUUGUGUUUCCCCA